AGACAAAAUUAAAAAAUGCCCACAAGAUGGACGCAUAUGACGAAGGAAUUUUAACUUUUUAUUAUCGUGCGGGAAUAAUUUUAAUAUUUUUACGAAUGUUAAGUUUAAUAAAAAAAUUUGAAAUUUAUAAUUUAAUAUGCAAAAUGUUUAAAAAUAAAUGGAAUAAAUAUAAAAGGCAAAUAACCGAUAAUGGUGUGGUCCUGAUGGAUUAUUUAAAGCCCAAAGCCACGUUGUUCGCAGAAAAAACUGUGGAAUAUACAAAAACCGUAAUAAAUUUAUUAUUAGGAAAUUAUGAAAAAGUAUUUGCAGAAGAAAAUCUUGCAAUAGCUGAACCAAAUGACAUGGAAGAUCGAUUACUAUAUCGCGCAAGUAUAGCAGCAACGCAAUGUUCAUGGAUAUUUUCAGACAUCGAAGCAGUACAAAAGGAACUACAAAAUUCAACUAUGGAAAAUUCUGAAUGUACCUUCAAGUCAAUAGCGGCAAAUAGCACAGCUGAAAGCUUUCUGAGUUAUGGCGAGGAUGAAUAUGAUUCUGGUCUGGUACAUAGUAAUGAAAUGCAUAAACAAUUUUCCCACAUAUCAGAUAGCAGUGCAACUAGUACAUUAAAUUCAUCUCAGCAUGAUAAAAACUUAGUUAUGGAAAGUGAGUUGAUUUUGGAACCAACAGAUUGUAUUACUAAUGUUGAGCAUGAAAAUAGUCAAAAUGUUUCCAUAACUAAUACUGAGGGAUUCGAAGCUAUAGAUGAAGUUCAAAAGGAGGUAGAGGAAAAAGCUAAUGAAACAAACACUGAAAAAAUAUAUGGAACUCACUUAGAAGUGGAGCUUAACACAUCAAAUGCUGAAGAAGGGUUGUUGAGCAAAUAUCCGGAAGAUCAACUAACAGAUGAUAAGAUAGAAAAUAACAGUUUAGUUGAAAGUUUAAGUAAAUUUUCCGGAAUGCAAUUGACAAAUGAUGAGUUAAAAAAUAUUAAUUUAAUAAAUGAAGUAAAUAUUAGUGAAGAAGUUCCUAUAUCUACUGCCGGAUUUGGAACUAACAGCAAAAAUAUAUAUGAAGAAUGCUUAGAAAUGGAAUCACUCAUAGUGGAUGAAGCAGAAGAAAUGUUUGAGAAAUCUCCCGAAAUGCAAAAAACAACUAAAAAAGGAAAUGAUUCCAAUGACUAUAAAGAAAUGUUGAGCAAAUUUGCUAAAGCUCAUUUAACAAAUGAGAGUGAAAAGGAUACGAACUUGAAAGAAAUGCUGAGCAAAUCUUAUGAAAUGGAUUCCAUAAAAGAUAAGAGAAGUGAUACAUACUUGAAAGAAAAAAUAAACAAAUCUACUGAUGAGGAAAGCCAAAUCUACUUAGAAGAAAAGCUAAAAAAAUAUCCUGCAGUGCAUUUAACAAAUGAUGAGAGAAAUGAUAUUAACCCACAAGAAAAGCUCAUCAUAACUUCUGAUGUGCAUUCAACAAAUGAUAAGAGGAGUGAUACUAACUUACAAGAAAAGUUCAGCGAAUUUAAUGAAAUGGCUUUGACAACAGUUAAUGGCAGUGAUACUAAAUUAGAAGAAAAGGUGAGCAUAACUCCUGAAGUGCAUACAGCAUAUGAUGAGGGAAGAGUUACUAACUUAGAAGAGAAGCUGAGCAUAGCUCCUAAAGUGCAUACAGUAACCGAUGAUGAAAAACCUUUAACAAAAGAUAAGGAAAAGGUAUUUAAAUUAAAAGAAAUACUGCGAAAAUAUCACGAAACAAUUCCAACAAAUGAUAAGAGAAAAUAUGCUGAUAUAAAAAAUAUGGGUAAAUCCCACGAAAUACAUUUCACAAAUGAACAGGUAAAAUAUUACAAUUUAAUGGCUGAAAAUGCUGUUGAGAAGAAGACCACUCUUUCAUUUAAUCAUGAUUCUUCAUCAACUGCUCAAAAGACAAACACAGACAAUAUGAGCGAAGCACAUAAUCAAAUCUCUUCAUCACCUAUUGAUAACAAGAAUAUUGAUGCUAAGAAUAUUGAUGCUAAGAAUAUUAUUGCCAAAAAUUAUCAGAAAACAUCCAUCAACAGCAAUAAUUUAAAUUUAAAAAAAAAUGAUCUUAAAUCAUCUGUAGACAAGAAUUUCUUUUCCACUUACUUCAGUGAUAACGCAACAUUCAGGGAUUCAAAUAAUAAUAAAACAAACUCCACUAGAAAUUAUUUAAAUACUUCCACUGCCACAAGAGCUAGAAAAUCACCAAAAACGCUGAUUGAACCGAUUGCAUCUAAAAUCUCAAAUAUCUUUGCCAGUCAAAAAAAUAAGAGAAGCAUAUAUGCAGCUUUGGCAAAUGCACCAAAUAUUCAAAUGACUUCAAAUUUGAGUAAACAGGGUAAACCAAAGACGAAAACAGCAUCAGUAACAUUUCAUGAAGAUUCAAUAAAAGCUACAAAAAAACUUAAGAAAACCAAUAAUGCCCAAACCACAAAUCGGAUGCUUAGCAGACGUUGUUCAAAGAGUUGCGGCGAUAUAUACUUUGAUCCAUCCCAAACUCAAGAUACAACAACAGUAGACAAUAAUUUCUUAAAACCUCAUAGCAAUAGAGUCAGAACUACUAGUGACUGUGUUAGUACAAAUUCUUAUCAUUAUUUUUUGGAUCAAGCAUGUGGUUAUAACAAUAAUUAUUCCAACUUUGGUGGUGGAUUUCAUUAUACUCCCUCAAAUCUACAAAAAUAUUCCACGUCAAGCACGGCAUACAAUAAUAAUUAUUAUGAGAGCAGUGCUGGUGAUGUUGGAAAUACUUCGCUGUCUUCUAACUCAUACAGAAGUACUGGAUCUUCACAGCAAAUUAGAAGACUACAAGAAUAUAAUUCCGACUGCACAGUUCAUAGUCAUCAGCACAAUAACAGCCCCCAAUGGGUGAAUGACUUUCACUUCCAAAGAUGGUGCUAAUAAUGGAACCUAGUUAAUUUAUGAAGCUGGCUUUAUUUCAGAGUGGACUAUGCCAUAAUGACUACAAAACAAAUUUUAUUUAAAUAAUUAAUAAUAUAUAUUUAUUCUUUU